AUGAAUACUGAGCGGAGAGCCGAUUGGAAGUGCCAAAAAUGCAAGCCCCGCAAGGGAUCCACCAGUAGCAACAACUCAUAUCACAUUAUAGUUGAUGAUUACUCAUUACAAGCAAACCAAAAACAACAAAGAGAUGAUGAAAAUGAAGAGAAUGAUGAAGCCAAACGCUUUAAGAACUCUUUAUCUCUAAACGAUGUAAAUAAUAGUGUUUAUAUGGUUAAAGCUGACGUCAAGGAAUUCAAAACAGAUGUUUCGUCCAUGAAAACCGACAUAAACGACAUAAAAACCACAAUGCAAGAACUUGCAAAAACAAUAAUCGAAAACAAUACUCAAAUGAACACAAAUCUACAAACAGCUAUUACAACAAUAACCAACUCCAUUACAACUCUCACCUAUCAAGUAAGUGAGCUUCGCGAAAGCAACAAAGAAAAGGAAAAACAAAUAAAUGAGAUGGAUAAGCGUAUCAAUGAUCUAGAACAACAACUCCUAAAUAAAAACAUUGAAAUAAAAAAUGUAACAAACAAAAAUAUGCACCCGAAUGACGUUGUUAAAAAGAUUGCCAAUUCGUUAAAUGUCGAGAUAAAUGAUAACGAUAUUAGCAAUUCUUAUACUAUAAAGAAAUCGCAAAAGGUUAUUGUUGAAUUUACUUCUGUCAAUAAAAAAAGAGAGCUACUAACAAAAAUAAAUCGCCACAGAGUUGAUUCUAGUUUAAUAAACGAAGAUACCAACAACAAAUUUAUAUAUGUUAAUGAACACCUAACCCCUUAUAAACGGCGUCUGCUAUGGUUGGCCAAAACAAAAGCCAAGGAUUCAAAUUGGAGAUAUGUUUGGAUUAAAAAUGGAAAUAUUUACGCCAAAAAAAAUGAAAUUUCAAAUCCCAUCAUAAUAUUUAAUGCAUCAGAUAUUGAACUGAUUGCAUCAACGAUUUAA